AAGCCACGAAGAAGAAGCUCGUCCUCGCAGGGCGUGGUGGGAUUGGUGGUCUCCUAUGUGGAGGACUAAGAACAGCGCCCCUGCUGGCGGGCUGCCUGCACGGUAGCAGUAGAAUAAGAAGGAGAAGAUGGCUGCAGCGGGGAUUUUCAGGCCAGUGUCUGGAAACAGAGCGGCGUUUGUCAUGUUCGGCGCACAGUAGCUGUUGUGUCACUGUCCCCCUCCGCCCGGUUGUCGCCACCGCCGCUGCUCGGUUCGGUAACGGGAUUAAAAAAACACCAUGGGGUCCCAGACUCUGCAAAUCCUCCGGCAGGGGGUCUGGGCUUCAAUCACAGGCGGAUGGUACUACGACCCCGACCAGAACACGUUCGUCAACGCUUUACAUCUGUAUAUCUGGCUCUUCCUGCUAUGUUUCCCCUUCACUCUCUACAUGGCCCUGCCGCCGACCAUGGUGAUCGUAGGGAUCUACUGUGGUGUGAUCGCUGCCAUGUUUGUGCUGCUGAAGACAGUGAACUACCGCCUCCACCAUGCCCUGGAUGAGGGGGAGGUGGUGGAGCACCAGGCGAAGGAGAGCCAGGGCAGCAGAGGCGGCACCGAGGGGGCCAGCGAUGGAGGUGUCACCCGGAGGGAGGACAGUAACGGCCCCGGUGACCCUGGAGGGGGCAUCGAGAUGGCAGACUUCAUCAGGCAGGAGACUCCGCCGGUGGACUGCAGUUCCAGGAACUCCUAUAUUGGCAUGGAGUUGAACCAGCAAGUGUCAGCCACCCAUGGAAGAGCAACAGUUGCCAAAGGAGACGCUACCAAGACCUCAGAUGACAUCAGUUUGACUCUUGUUGAGAGCUGUAGUCAUGACCAUGAUCUUCUGUCCGAUGCCAAGAUGUACUGCCUUGUCCCCAAUGACUCCUUCGCCUCCUUGCAGCCGUCGACCUCCUUGUGUCCUUCGGAGCUGUCCAGGGAACCUGCUGAUGUUUUUAACUCUGCUGCUUAUCACUUCAGCCUGUCACACUCCUGCUGUGACACAGACGUGACCAGUCACGCAUCCAUGCAAUCUCAGACAUUUAAGAAAGAGCUCCGAUCCCGGGGCCUACCUCGGACCUCUAGCUCGGCAGGGUCCGCUUUCCCUGACCCGUCCUUACCAGACUUUGGUUUGUACCCUCCUCCCAGGAGAGGUGGCCUUGAUCCUGUGUGUGAGCUGGAGACUGCCAGACCACAGCGGUCAGGGUUGUGUGAGAGGGGGGGUGCCGAGCGGCCGUACCAGCAGGACCAAGCUGUGGCGUCCACCUCUGGAAUUGAGUGCUACAGGCACAAAGAGCAGCGUAGAGUCGCUCGCUCAGCCUCCAGAGAAGCGGGGGAAGGUAGCUCAGGACUGUACCAAGUGGAUGUAGGUGCCGGUGGGAAAGGCUCCAAUGGUGGAAAAAAGUCCCAGGGAGGAGAACGCAGUGCUGACAGCCUGAGGAGCCUGAGUACUCGCAGUAGUGGCUCCACUGAGAGCUACUGCAGUGGCACAGACAGGGACACCAACAGCACUGUCAGCAGUUUUCACAGCGAGCAGACCAGCUCCACACAUGUGGAGAGCCUGCUCUCACUUUCAGGGGACGAACGCUUACGGAACCGAGGAGAUGCUGCAGCUGCUCCUGCAGAGGGCAGGACGACGAGCCUCAGCAGCACCAGCUCUCGAGGUCUCAGCAACCUCACUUCUAGGGAGGCCAAUAAAAACCCUCAUGCCAAUGAGUUGACUGCUAAACAACCUGCUGACAUGCCGUCAGCUGCGGUCCAGGAGCUGGCGGACCCCGGUCGAGGCCAGGACGAGCCUGGAGUCCGGACCAGUGCAGAUGGCUCAACAGAUGUAGCUGCGACAGAGCGAGAGUGCGAAAAGUCGGACGCUCAACCAAAGUCGGCCAACAAUGUUCAGAGGACGUCUUCUCUGUCAACAGGACGUAGCGGGCGGCGGCGGUCUGGCAAGAAAAGGGCGAGCAGCUUUGACGCCAGCCGUCACCGGGACUACAUGUCCAUGCGUGGCAUGGCCAAGCCUUCAAGUGCUGUGUUUACGGGUGGUGGAGAGGAGGACUCCAGUGAUCAGAGUGAACUCAGCUGUGCCUCCAGUCUUCACUCCACCCACCACCUGAGCACAGACAGCUCAUCGAGCAACACCUCGCGCACCUGUCACUCACCUGAGGCCCGCUUCAGGGCGCUGAAGACGAAGCACACGGCAGCCGGCGCAGCCUCCUCCUCCUCUUCGGCAGGUAAAGCUGUGGUGGGGCUGGAGGUCGGAGCUCGGAGCGGAGGAAAGAGACGCGUCUCCCGCCGUACUCCCAGCACGGGCAGUGCCAAAACACAUGCCAGAGUGUUGAGUUUGGACAGUGGGACGGCCGCCUGCCUUAAUGAUCCCAGCCGCUUAGGAGCUCCAGCUGGGCCCCGGCCUCUCACCACCUCCAAGUCAGACCUGGAAGCCAAAGAAGGGGAAGUCCUGGAUGCAGCGUCCCUGCUGGGUCGGGCCUCCCAGCUGGAGUCAGUGACCCGCUCCAGAAACAGUCUGCCCAACCAGGCAGCUUUCACUGAGCCUCAGGACGCCUGUGCUGCUCCCCUGCGGACCCCAGGGAGCGAGGAGACGGUGGUUUUCCGGCGUGAGCGUAGCACGUUUCGUCGCCAGGCAGUUCGGCGACGGCACAACGCAGGGAGUAACCCCACUCCUCCCACCUCACUGAUUGGAUCUCCUCUCAGUCUUCAGGAGGCGCUCAGCCAGGCCUCCCAGCCUUCUACUUCCCAAGUGAAAAGUCAGCCAUCCAGAACCUCGUCUCAGGUGACUGUGCUGAGCACAAGCGCCUCCCUGCUGGCCAGGAAUGGAAGCACACACCUGGAGGGCUCUCAGGACAAGGCCUCUACCGUCGGCGCUACCAGCUUGCAGGAUGAUUUUGGAAAACUCACUCCCUCGUUGUAUGAAGCAGGUGGAUGUGACAUGUCCUUGGUCAAUUUUGAACCUGCAACCAGACGAGCCUCCAAUAAUGUAUGGGACACUGACUCCCACCUCUCCAGUUCUACCUCAGUUCGCUUCUAUCCUCAUGACCUGAUCCGUCUGAACCGUCUCCUGACCAUGGACCCAGAGCUGCUGGAGCAGCAGGAUGGAGAUCUGAGCCCAGAGCUCCAGGACGCUCCCCUGGCUCAGGACGACCCUGUCGCCGCCUCCGCAGCAGACAAGGCUCGUCAGUACUACCGCCUGUGGCUUCUGCCUUACAUGUGGGUCGGCCUGCACUUCGACCGGCUCACCCUGCUGGCGCUGUUUGACAGGAACCGUGAGGUUCUGGAGAACAUACUGUCCGUCAUGUUGGCCAUCAUGGUGGCCUUCCUGGGCUCCCUGCUGCUGGUCCAAGGCUUCUUCACUGACAUCUGGGUAUUUCAGUUCUGCCUGGUCAUCGCCAGUUGCCAGUAUUCCUUAUUAAAGAGUGUCCAACCAGACUCCUCUUCACCCCGACACGGCCAUAACCGCGUCAUCGCGUACAGCCGGCCAGUCUACUUCUGCAUGUGCUGUGGCCUCAUUUGGCUGCUGCACUACGGCAGCCUGAGGGUCACUUCAUCCAGAUUUACUUUGUACGGGGUUGCGCUCACCAGCUCCCUGGUCCUGACCUCUGCCAGGGACCUCGUCAUAGUCUUCACUCUGUGUUUUCCCAUCAUCUUCUUCAUGGGGCUGCUGCCACAGGUCAACACCUUCGUCAUGUACCUCUUUGAGCAGCUGGACAUUCACGUAUUCGGGGGCAAUGCCUCCACCAGCCUGCUGUCAGCUCUCUACAGCAUCCUGCGCAGCAUCGUCACUGUGGCUCUGCUUUAUGGCUUCUGCUACGGAGCUCUGAAGGAGAGCUGGGAGCCUCAUCACAUCCCUGUCUUGUUCUCCGUCUUCUGUGGCCUCUUGGUGGCAGUGUCGUACCACCUGAGCCGGCAGAGCGGCGACCCUUCAGUCCUCAUCUCUCUGAUUCAGUCCAAGAUUUUGCCCAACAUAAAAGACAAAAACCCAGAAGACCCUCUGUCAGAGGUUCAGGACCCUCUGCCUGAGAAGCUCAGAGCCUCGGUGAACGAGCGUCUGCAGUCUGACCUCAUCGUCUGCGUGGUCAUCGCCGUCCUUUACUUUGCCAUCCAUGUCAGCACUGUGUUCAUCGCACUACAGCCUUUCCUCAGUUACGUCCUCUACGCUCUGUUAGGGACGGUGGGUUUGUUCACCCACUACCUGCUGCCUCAGGUCAGAAAACAACUGCCCUGGUACUGUUUCUCUCACCCGCUGCUCAAAACGAAGGAGUACUAUCAGUUUGAAGUCAGGGAUGCUGCUCACGUCAUGUGGUUUGAGAAGCUCCAUGUGUGGCUGCUGUUUGUGGAGAAGAAUGUCCUGUAUCCCCUCGUCAUCCUCAACGAGCUGAGCGGCAGCGCCAGAGAGCUGGCCAGUCCGAAGAGACUGGACACAGAGGUCGGUGCUCUGAUGAUCACAGUAGCAGGUCUGAAGCUGCUGCGGUCGUCCUACAGCAGCCCCACCUACCAGUACAUCACCAUCCUCUUCACCAUCCUCUUCUUCACCUUCGACUACCGCCACCUGUCUGAGACACUGCUGCUCGACCUUUUCCUCAUGUCUAUUAUCUUCAGUAAGAUGUGGGAACUGUUCUACAAGCUGCACUUUGUCUACACCUACAUCGCCCCCUGGCAGAUCACAUGGGGAUCUGCUUUUCAUGCCUUUGCUCAGCCCUUUGCUGUGCCUCACUCCGCCAUGCUGUUUGUCCAGGCCGUCGUGUCUGCAGUCUUCUCCACUCCACUCAACCCCUUCCUGGGCAGUGCCAUCUUCAUCACUUCCUACGUCCGUCCUGUGAAAUUCUGGGAAAGAGACUACAAUACAAAAAGAGUGGAUCACUCUAACACUCGACUGGCCUCUCAGCUGGACAGAAACCCAGGCUCUGACGACAACAACCUAAACUCCAUCUUCUACGAGCACCUCACUCGCUCGCUGCAGCACAGCCUGUGUGGCGACCUCCUGCUGGGCCGAUGGGGAAACUUCAGCACCGGGGAUUGUUUCAUCCUGGCCUCCGACUACCUGAACGCUCUGGUUCACCUCAUAGAGAUCGGCAACGGCCUGGUGACGUUUCAGCUGCGAGGCCUGGAGUUCAGAGGAACGUACUGCCAGCAGAGGGAGGUGGAGGCCAUCACUGAGGGCGUGGAGGAAGAUGAAGGCUGCUGCUGCUGUGAACCUGGCCACCUCCCUCACAUUCUGUCCUUCAACGCUGCCUUCGGUCAGCGCUGGUUGGCCUGGGAGGUGUUGGUCACCAAGUACGUGUUGGAGGGCUACAGCAUCACUGACAACAGCGCCGCCUCCAUGCUGCAAGUGUUCGACCUGAGACGCAUCCUGACCACAUACUACGUCAAGGGUAUUAUCUACUACGUCAUCGCCUCCACCAAACUUGAAGAGUGGCUGGCCAACGAGACUAUGAAGGAUGGUCUGCGAGCCUGUGGCGAGAGGAACUACGUCGACCUAGAUCCGACCUUUAACCCCAACAUCGAUGAGGACUACGACCAUCGUCUCGCAGGAAUCUCCAGAGACAGUUUCUGCAGCGUCUACCUGGGCUGGAUCCAGUACUGCAAUUCACGCAGGACAAAGCCUCUGGACAGUGAGAAGGACUCGGCUCUGGUUCUGCUCUGCUUUGGACUGUGUGUGCUGGGAAGGAGGGCGCUGGGCACCGCCGCCCAUCACAUGUCCAGCAACCUGGAGUCUUUCCUUUAUGGACUUCACGCUCUGUUCAAAGGAGAUUUUCGAAUCUCUUCGGUCCGUGAUGAGUGGAUCUUCGCCGACAUGGAACUGCUCAGGAAAGUGGUGGUGCCUGGAAUCAGGAUGUCGUUAAAAUUACACCAGGACCACUUCACGUCCCCCGACGAGUACGACGAGCCCACGGUUCUUUUCGAGGCCAUCUCUACGCACCAGCAGAACCUGGUCAUCGCUCACGAGGGCGACCCAGCCUGGAGGAGCGCCGUGCUGUCCAAUGCACCCUCCCUGCUCGCCCUGCGCCACGUUCUAGACGAAGGCACUAAUGAGUACAAGAUCAUUAUGCUCAAUCGACGAUACCUCAGCUUUCGUGUCAUCAAGGUGAAUAAAGAGUGUGUCCGCGGUCUGUGGGCGGGGCAGCAGCAAGAGCUGGUGUUCUUGAGGAACAGAAACCCAGAGCGCGGCAGCAUCCAGAACGCCAAACAGGCGCUGAGGAACAUGAUCAACUCGUCAUGUGACCAGCCCAUCGGUUACCCCAUCUACGUGUCUCCACUCACCACCUCCUACUGCAACUCUCACCCUCAGCUCGGACACAUCCUGGGAGGACCAAUCAGCAUCGGGAACAUCCGCAACUUUGUGGUCGGCACUUGGCACAGGUUACGGAAAGGCUGUGGCGCCGGCUGUAACAGCGGCGGUAACAUUGAGGACUCAGACGCUGGCGGGCUUUCCUGCGGCAGUGGGAACGGCACAGGAGGCGACUCUCAGCAGAGCUCGGUGUCACAGGGUGGUCUGUCUGGACCCGUCCCUCCGUACUCAUACCAACCACAUCCUCUGGGAACCAGUCAAAGUUCCCAGUCGGUUCAGUCAGGUCUAGUUCGCCACUCUCCAGCCCGAGCCUCCGUCGUCAGUCAGUCGUCCUCUUAUCGCUACAGCAGCAGCCGUCACUCCUCCCUGCGCACCUCCACCACAGGCCUGGAGCCCUGUCGCCGCUCCUCCACCAGCCAGCUGUCCCUGCGCACAAUCCCUACCUCCCUGCAGCUACGACUGGGCCCUAACUCCGACCCGGCCGGCCCCUCCGCCUCCCUGUCCAGCCACAGCAUCCCUCCCUGCAAACGCCACACCUUGGUGGGCCUCCUGGGCAAUGACAGCCUGUGCAGCACUGUCACGGACCCCCUCAGCCAGCAUCACCACCACCACCACCACCAUCACCACCCUCAGCAACACAACCCAUCCAUCUCCACUGUGCGCAGAGACGACAUUUCCUACAGAGUACAGAUUGUAGACGUGACUCAGGUUCUGGAGCACAUCAACUUAUCAAAGAGGAAGGAGCUGCAGUGGCCUGAGGAGACCAUGAGACUGAGGUCAGGACGAACCUGCUGGAGAGACUGGAGCCCCCUAGAGGGCAUGGAAGGACAUGUGAUUCACCGGUGGGUGCCUUGUAGCCGAGACCCAGCCAAUCGCUCCCAUAUCGACAAGACCAUCCUGCUGGUACAGGUGGACGAUAAGCUAGUGCCCAUUAUUGAGACUGGGAUCAUUGAGUUGGGAGCAGAGGUGUGACGUGGACAAGCAGACACAUCACACUCACAUACAGGCAUAAAGAUGAGGCCAAACUUCUGGUU